UGUCGGUGAAGAGACCGGAGAGGACGAUGCAGCAGGAGAUUAAGCUCUCCAGAAAUACUAAAAGGCGGUUAAGUUUGGUUCAGAAUGCUUCCGUAACCCACCGACUUUUCUUUUGAAGUGGUGAAAUCAAAAACCUUCUGAUAAAAGCUUCGCUUUUUUUUUUCUAUUCCUGGAGAGCUCGUGUCAAAAAAAAAAAAAAAAUGAUCGGGAGAGGACUGUUCAUCCUGACAAUACUGUCAAACUGCGUUCUGUCAUUGCCAGUGACUCCAAGUCAGCUGGAGAAUGAGGACGCACAGGUAAUGAAAUGCAUCGUGGAGGCGUUGGCUGACGUACUAUCAAGGCCCCACCCCAAUCCUGUCAGUCAGGAGUGUUUGGUCACACUGAGGACAGAUGACAGACUGGUUUCUAUUCUUCGCCAUCAUAACUUUCUAAAGGAGCUGCAGGAGAUUGCUGUUCAAGGGGGUCAUGACAGAGCUCAGCUGCAGAGAGAGGCUACUACACCUGCUUCAGCAACACAGAGUCUUCAGUCUUCAAGUGAUUUUGCUGCGAUUUCAGAUCGAUCCAUGUUGGAAGCUUUAGGAGGCCCUGGUGAGAGAUCCAUCCUGUCUCAGAAAAAGAGGACAGGACAUGUUGACAGAGGGGAAGAAAAGGAUGAAAGCUUGGAGGAUGGAGAGCCACAGGAGGACAAUAACACCGGUGAAGAGGUGCAAGUGAAGAGGGAAGAUGAUGAGAGCCCUGGUAGUCAUGCCUCUGAGGAUGAGUGGAGUGAGGGAAAGCCUGGAAAGAGGGAGGAGAAAGAGGAAGAGAGUGAUUUAAAUUCAAACGAGAAAUCAGAGGAAAGAAACAUGGCCAAGGAAAAAAAAGGUGCAAGGUUGGAUGAAAGGAGAGAUGCUCACAGAAACAAGUCAAAAGAGAAGAAGUUGGAUGAAGAAGAGAAAGAUAAGAGGGCUGUGUUUUCCUCCCAUAAACAAGAGCAGAAACAUCCUGGAGAGGAAGAAGAAGAGGAGACAAAGAGAGGGAAUAUAGAGAGCAUGAAGCGAUGGACCAAGAGAGGGAAGGCCUUGUCACUGCAGAAAAAAGCAGCCAAAAAGGAUGUACAGCAGCUCAACAGCCAGGAAGAAGUGCUACAUCAUUCGAAAGAGGUGCCAGAAGAAGUGGAGGAGAAGAAAAAAAGAAACACACAGAGGAGUCCAGAGGAGAAGGAGCUACAGAUGAUCGCCAGAAGCGGAGCUGAGGAGAGGAGGGGGUCGGAGGAAGAGGGGAGCGCCAGCCGGAAGACAGAGGAACCAGAGAUUGAGAGCCUGGCAGCCAUCGAGUCAGAGCUCGAAAAUGUUGCCCAGAAACUCCACGAGCUGCGACGAGGCUGAACAAGAGAUCGGAAGAAAACUUGACAUGGCAACCUCCUCUGCCUCUUUCUCCUCCUCCGCUUUACCAGCUGCCUGGUUUCCACAGAUAGAGCUUGUGAAUAUGUGACAAGAUUUUAUCUUUUGCUUUUUUUCUGGAAGAUGCCCUCUGGCACCAAACUGCUCCGGCCUCCCUUGUGACAUCCUGUCCUCUACAUAGAUUAGUAAACAGUAGAUGCACAUUGAAACUAAACAUGCAAACUGAAAACAAAGAACUUCUGGAAGUUCAGUUACUCGCAUAAAAAAUUCAGAAGACAUAGCAAGGGUCCUCAAGAAAAAAACAUUUCUGUCAGUGAAGGUUGACAGCUUGUUUUCCUCUUUUUCUCUCUGACAAUCACCUCCUCUGUUUAUAAAAUGUGUCUUGCCUGCUUAAAAAUCAUUUUAACACUGAAGUCUAUCCAGAUAUACACAAUCCAACAAGGUGGGGUUCUACGAUAAAGCAUGUAUACAUGUACAAAGACUUUCUGUUCGGCUUAGGUAAGCAGUAGAAGACAUAGACGCUCGCUACUGCAGAUACAGUUGGCUUGAAUAAAGUCAAGGCAAUAAUUGAACAUGUUUAGCAGUUAAUAGCUGGAUUGUAAUUUUAAUCCGUGAUUAAUUUAUGUAAAAAAUAAUAAUAAAUUGAUUUGAGUUUAUCUGGAAA